AUGACAUCAACAGGAUUAUUUCAUCGAACAGAGGUAAUAGGGAGAGGGAAGUUUGGUAUUGUGUAUAAGGGAUUCAAUAAACAAACCAAACAAGUCGUGGCGAUCAAGGUAUUGAAUCUAGAUACCGAAGACGAUGAGGUUGCAGAUGUUCAACAAGAAAUACAGUUUUUAGCUGAAUUAAAAAACGUCCCUAAUGUAACCCAUUAUUAUGGAUCGUUCCUUAACGAUACUAAAUUAUGGAUCAUUAUGGAUUAUUGUGCAGGUGGAUCAUUAAGAACAUUACUAAAAGCAGGAGUAUUCGAAGAGAGAUACGUAGGAAUCAUAUUACGUGAAUUAUUACUAGGCUUAAGUGGAGUACAUAAAAUGGGUUUUAUUCAUCGAGAUCUUAAGGCUGCAAACGUUUUGAUAACGAAAGAAGGUAAGGUCCAAUUAUGUGAUUUUGGUGUUGCUGCUAAAAUCACUUCCAAUGCAUUAAAAAGAACCACCAUGGCAGGAACUCCUUAUUGGAUGGCUCCUGAAGUUAUAAGAAAAGGUGAUACAUACAAUAGUAAGGCUGAUAUAUGGUCUUUAGGUAUAACGAUUUAUGAAAUAGCAACCGGUAAUCCUCCAUAUUGUGAUAGAGAUGCAGAUUGGGCCAUGCAAAUGAUUUCAAAACUGACACCUCCAAGAUUGGAAGGUCGUGAAUAUUCUCCUGCCUUAAAAGAAUGUAUUGCAUUAUGUUUGGAUGAAAAUCCAGAAGAAAGACCAUCGGCUGAUGAUUUAAUGAAGUGUAAGUUGGUCAAAUUAUAUAAAAGUCAUCCUCGAAAUAUAUUGAAAGAAGUCAUUUCAAGAUAUUUAUUAUGGCGAGAUAAGAAUCCUUCUCGUGAUUCUGUCUAUAUAAACUUAGACAAACAACAAGAAAAUGAAAAUAUAGCCGAUAAUGCAUCAGAAGUUGGUCAAGAUCCUAGUCAAAUUCAAGUCAAAUGGGAUUUUGAUUCCUUGAGUAGUAAAGAAUAUAUCAUAGAGAAUGAUAUAAAUUUUGAAAACCAAGAUGGUGAUGAAGAAUAUGAUGAAAACGAUUAUACUCAUAAUGGUGUUGGAGGUGAUACAUAUUCAACACUCCCUACAUUACAGGCAGGAACAAACACGAUACAUGGUAGUUCAUUGGCGUUACAUAACAACUACUCUUCAUCAAGCACAUUAAAUAAUAUGGGUAGAAGUGGUACAACGUCAGAAAUUCCGAAAUCUUUACAGCUGUUAUUUGAAGAUACAGAAGCUAACGAGGAAGAGUCCAAUGCCUUUCCGCCACCUCUUUCUUCCAUGCCAUCUUAUGUAGAAAGAAUUGAAUCUCCAACUAUCGAAAUUCCUGAUAUGGAUAAUCUUUCCAACUUCAAUACUACAUCAGGUUCUACGAUCAAAGCUUCACUGGUAGCUCAUCCAGUUCUUAACAAACCACCUGUAUUAUAUCAUUCACAAUCUGCUUCUGCCAAUUUAGAAUCACGAUUUUCAUCUACAAAUUCUAAUUUAGGUUCUAGGCAAAGAAAGAAUACCGUUUCAAACACAAUUGGUGGUCAAUCCCAAUCUGUUCAACAACCCCCAGUGCAAUCAAUUCCAAUUAGAACUCCACACACACCACCAUUCACCAACAAUAGUGCAAGUACUAAGACACCUUCACCAAAGAUUCAAGCAUCAUCUGCUCUUUUGAAUUCAGCUACCAACUCAAAUUCUCCAUCAAAGUCAAUGAAAGCAUUACAGGCCAAUUCAAAUCCAUUACUUCAACCUAUCAACUUCAAACAAAGUAAUGAUGGAAAUAACUCUAUCAGUGAAAGAAAUGCAUUAGCUCAAGCAAAUUCAAAGCCGUUGGCCAACAGUACCAAUGCUAUUAAUGGGGCAGUUACAUCCGUGAAUUCUGUUAACUCGAAGACAAAGAAACCAAGACCAGGAUUUCGUAUACAAAUGCCUACACCUUCGAAUUCAUUGAAUCCAUUAUCAGCAUUAACCAAUGAGCCGUCUGCCCAACAUGAUGAAAAUGUCAAUCAAUUUGGAAUCAAUCCUUCUCAAAUGAUUCCAUUAGCUAUGACGCCUGUAACUGAAAAGGAGCCAAUUCAAUUUCCAACUCAAGGGCAAAAUGAAACCAGUCAAAAGACUCCGGCUAGAGAAAGAACAGACUCUCUUGCGUCAAGGCUUGGACAAGUUCCACCAAGAAAGCCAAGCUUAGUUAAUGGUUCAUCUAGUACUAAUCUUACGCAAUCCAAUAUUCAUUUAGCAAGAGGAAAUUCAAUUCGUGGACCGGUUCCCGAGAUUACUCAAAUAGUUAAUAAUGGAUUGAGGUUUCCUACCAUCCCUUCCAUUGGUGGCGAACUCUUUAUUGAUACCGGUUCAAAACAAAAGCUACUUUCCGAAUUAGAUACCAUGAUAAGAUUAUUCAAUCAAGGAUUGGAAGCUUUGGAAAGCAAUCUUUAAGUAGAAAUAUAGUAUAGUUAAGAAUGUACGAGAGCAUGUUCAUAGAUAAUCUAAUAG